AUGGAUUACGACCUCACUGAGGAGGGACUGGAAGCCUUCCACUCGAUACACGAGCGGUUGUCAUCAUACAUGGUGGAAAAAGAGGCUUACGAUCGCAUUGCGACCUUAGAGGUCGUCAAUGAAGAACUUGCUGAUCCGGAGGAUGACGAGGACGUCCACAUUCAGCUCGCUCCGGCGGCGCUGGACGAUACACCUCCCAAGGUUAAAGACCCUACAGAGAAGGUCAACCUGGGUACGGUAAGCGAGCCUGUGGAAGUAUCCAUCAGUGCUUACCUAGAGCCUAACGAGAAACAGAGGCUCAUCGAAUUAUUGCUAGAGUUCAAGGAUUGUUUCGCGGAGAAGUAUGAGGACAUGCCCGGCCUGUCACCAGACUUGGUUUGUCAUCAAUUACCAACUCUGGCUGAAAAGAGGCCCGUCAAGCAGGAGCCUCGACGAAUGAACUCCGAGACCCAGAUCUUGGUAAAGGAAGAGGUAGAGAAAAUGCACAAGUCAGGCAUCAUACGGGUGGCCAAGUAUAACCAGUGGCUAUCUAGUAUAGUGCCUGUCCGGAAGAAAAAUGGCAAGAUAAGAGUCUGCGUUGACUAUAGAGACUUGAAUCUCGCCACACCUAAAGACGUUUACCCUAUGCCGGUCGCGGAUAUGUUGGUGGACGCGGUGGCGGGCCAUGAGCUGUUGUCCUUCAUGGACGUCGUCAAGUCUCAGAAGCGAGGGGAUCACAUCGCGGAUCUCAGGAAAGUGUUUGAGCGCAUGCGCCAACAUAAACUCAAAAUGAACCCGGCCAAAUGUGUGUUUGGAGUGCUCGCCGGAGAUUUUCUGGGGUUUAUAGUCCACCAGCGAGGAAUUGAGGUCCCCGAGGACAAGGCAAGCGCAGUUAUUCAUGCAUCUCCCCCACGGACGAAGAAGGAAUUACAACGUCUUUUGGGGAAAAUCCAGCCCUUCUCACCGUUGCUGGGACUACAAGGACAGAAUGAAUUUGUGUGGGAAUCCAAGCAUCAGGAGGCUUUCGACAGUAUCAAGGCCUAUCUAGCAAACCCACCAGUCUUGGUGCCACCUAGACCCGGAGUCCCGUUGAACUGUAUAUCUCAGCAGCCGCCGCCUCCAUUGUAUGUACCCCAGAAGGCGGUCAAAGGGCAGGCUAUCGCAGAUUUUCUAGCACAUCAUCCCCAGCUAGAAACACCCGUACUGAAAGAGCUGGAAAUUGCCUACAACGCCACGACUCGACCAGAUACAGCAUGCAUUCCUGAAUACGAGGUCUGGUAUCAGGCUACUAUUUUUCUACAACCCUGGGUGUUAUUCUUUGAUGGCUCAAGAACAGAUACUCUGGCCGGCGCAGGGAUUGUCCUGGAGAAUCCUGCCAGUGACCGUUUCUCUUAUUCUUUCCAGCUCACGUUCCAAUGUACUAAUAAUCAGGCUGAAUAUGAAGCUCUCAUCAUUGGACUCGAAGUCCUGUUGGAAAUGGGCGUCCGGGACGUUCAGAUUCUCGGAGAUUCUCAGCUCGUGAUCAAUCAGCUUCUGAAAAAAUAUCGCUGUACGAGUUGGCUGCUCAUCCCCUACUUGAGUCGCGCCGUUGCGCUUCUGGACCAAUUUACAGAUGUUGGUAUGGAACAUAUACCACGUGAACGUAACUUUGCUGCCAAUGAGCUCGCUCAGCUGGCUACGGGCAUUAGCUUGCAAUACGGAGUGCGCGAGCGCAUUCUGAAAGUUGAGCGCCGCACACUACCUUCGUGGCUUGCUCGCCCUGAUCCUCCAGAUGAUCCCGUGGUUGCGGUACUCGAGCCCAUUGAUGUUGAUUGGCGGAUCCCACUGAUUGAAUACCUCAAACGACCAGACUCCAGCGCUGAUAGGAAAAUUCGUUUCCUCGCAUUGAAUUACUUCCUUAGAGGUGAUGAACUACGCAGACGUGGCGAAGAUGGUAUAGAUUUUCGAUGCGUCUACGGUCGCGAAGCCAAAAGAUUGAUGCGCGAGGUGCACACGGGGAUAUGUGGAUCUCAUCAAGCCGGACCUAAGAUGCGUUGGCUCCUCCGACAUCAUGGUUAUUAUUGGCCCAGCAUUUUGAAGGAUUGUAUUGCAUUCGCCAAAGGCUGUGCGGAUUGUCAAGCACACGGUCCUGUCCAGCAUCACAAGUUUAUCAUCGUCGCCACAGAUUACUUCACGAAAUGGGUUGAAGCAGAGCCUCUGAAGGAGGCCUCCGGCACUACCAUUCGCCAGUUUAUUUUCCGUAAUAUUCUCUGCAGGUUUGGCAUACCUGAAGUGCUGGUGUCGGACAGGGGGGCAGCGUUCAUGGGAGGCCCCGUUGAAGAGCUGGUGAAUGACUUUGGCAUUCAGUUCACACAUAGUACUCCGUACUAUGCUCAAUCUAAUGGUCAGGCGGAGGCGAGCAACAAGAUAAUCAUCACCUUACUGAAGAAGAUGUUGGUGGAGAAUCCUCGACAGUGGCAUGAUACUUUGCACGAGACACUUUGGGCCUAUCGCACUUCGAAGCGCAACCCCACCGCCACGACGCCGUACGCGCUUAUGUUUGGACAUGACGCUGUCUUACCAUUAGAAAUUAAUGUGCAUUCCUUCCGAGUCCAAGAACAGCAUCAUUUGAUUGAUUUUUGA